AUGUGUGGCUCGCGCAGCAAAAAGUCCAAGCAGAAGCGCGAGAUGGCCCAGAUGCGCGCCAAACAACGGUACUACAACGCCCGCCCGGUAUACGCCAGCGACUAUUACCGCAAGCAACAAUACCGCCACCACUACGGCAGCUCAAAGAAGCACAAAAAAUACAAGGCGUACGGCGAGAUGGGCAACUUUGCCGACGAGGACGUGAGCUGCUGGGCGUGUAGUGAUGGAGGCGCGGGAGGGGACGGCGGAGGUGGAGGUGGUGACGGUGGAGGCGGCGGCGGCGGUGUUUAA